UAAUAAUUGUGUGAGUGAAAAUUUUGAGGCGUGGAUGAACCAUUUUCCUCCUUAUCGCCUGGACCAACCAAAAUCUCUCUGCUUUUGUGUCGACGAAGGUAAAUUUGUCAUGGGAAACAAAUUUGUGGUGGGAAACAAAUUGGGGAAGCAAGAAAAGGAUGACAAAAUAUUACUCAAGAUUGUACCUCCAGUGGACCAGACAUACGCCAAAUGGCUUGCCAAAGACCUUGCAAGAAUUCACCACUUUACUCCAAAACGUACUCGUGCAGUGGAGCCGCCAGAGCAUUACGUAGAAUAUAUGAAGUUGAAUGGAUGGUUGGAUGUGGAUUUGGAUGAUCCUGAUCUUGCUCAUUUGUUCAAGUAGAUAAUUUCUAUGCGCCAUAUAGACUAUUAGUAUGACAUUGUAGCUGCAUUAUGAUUACAUUAAAUUGUUCAGAGAGUUCCCUAGUGUUGAUCACCAUUCACCAGUGGGUACAGAAACGUGCAUAUGUAAUGCAAUGUAUUUUUUUUGUUUAAUUA